UUUAGUUAGAGGGUAAAUUUAGUGUUGACAUUUUAGCGGGAAACAAGACUUUGACUUUUUGCUGUACAGGAUGAUGGUGUUGCGGGACAGUCAUCGUAUGUUCCUGCAGUCGUUCAUGUCGCGGUUUGUUCUCAACGGACAGGAAGUGUUCAGCCUGCUCAAGUCCUGCUGCGAGAAAUACAAUGAAGCAUUUUCGGAUGAAGAAAAGACGCAGCUAUUAUUGGACUUUUGUCAUUUAAUAAACAGCAACAUCAGCAUGUUCGGCAUGGAAAUCAAAAAGGCCUGUGAUGAAAUGAAUGGGAAAAGCUUUUAUGGCUUGGUGAACACAACGGAGACCAGUGUGGCAUUGCUGUCUUCGCAAUAUACAGAGAAUGAGCUGGAUUUUGUGAAAAAAUUGAUUGAAGAGUUUGUGAAGUCCGACAGGGGCUCUAUUGGUUCAAUAGCUGCCAUGGACAUAACAGACAGCUUACCAAAGAAAAUGUCUAAAGUUGAGGCCGAUGCCUUCCUUGACAGAUUGAUACAUGAACGCUGGAUUGGCAGGACAGAGGCUGGUCGUGUCUACCUGGGCAUCAGGGGACUGAUGGAGAUGGAGCAGUACAUUCUGGAAAUGUACGAGGAAGAUGCUGUCAGGUGUAACGUCUGCAAGAAACUCUGCCUUCAGGGCGAGAAAUGUGACUGUUGCACCACCAAGAUACACAAUCACUGCUCUAAGAGGUUUUUCCGUGACCAGGCAGACAAGCGAUGCCCGGAAUGCCAGAACUCAUGGCCUGGUGGAUCUCAGCCAAGUCAGUCCAAGAGUGCAGAUAAUUCAACAUCACAGCCGCGGAGGAAGAGAAAAGCCAACUCCUGAUAUGUUGUGUAAUUCGGAACAUAUAUAAAAUAUAGGAGGGUUGAUGGCAUAUGUGGACGUCAGUCCCGAAAUCAUGUGUUUAACUCCUCCUAGCCUUGUUUCCUCCAUAAGAAUUAAUUUUGGCAGCUCAAAGGACACAGUUGUUGCAAAAUAUCUACUCAUAUAAUUUGUGUAUACUGGAUGCAGAGUUGCCUAUGCAUUUCAAAAUAUAAAGAUUCAAAACUUUAGUGACCUUAAACCUUGGACCAAAAUAAUGGCCCUUUGUCCUUUUUUUCUUAUACUUUGAAUGGCUUCAAGAUACUAACGAUCAAGAAUCAUGCACUGAUGUUUGUAAAGAAAGAUCUGUACUGCAGAACAGAAUUAUGGCCAUUUUAUUUUUAUGCCCCAACUUAUGGGGGUGGGGCAUAAAAAGCAUUGAAUGCUGAUUCAAAAUAUCCAUUGUACUGACUAUGACAAUGAUCUUUUUUGAAGCAUUCAUGUGACAUAACAUGAUUGUGGAGGCAGCUGUUUCCUAUGGACCAAUUUCAAGUUUUCGUGCAUAUAUCACUUACUUGUCUUGUAUUAUUUGCCACAGUUAUUUUUGUUUUUGGUGUUGUUGGAACUAAGUAUAUACUGUGAAGUUAUUUAUAUUACUGGGCAUGAAAUUUCGGGGUUUUGCAAAAAAGGACAAUUUCGUGGGUACUUGAAUUCCUUGUGUUUUAUUAAUAAAAAAAAUAAAAAAUAAAAAAUCUGAUCCUCAUUCAUCUGCGAAUUCACUGUCAACUCACUGUCUACUAGCUCACGCAGGUUCUGUGGGAAAAUAUGCCAAUUGGCGCGAUAGUGGAUAACCAAACUGGUUAAAACCACAAAAAUUAAUGUCCUAAUGAUUUCAGAGAACCUGAAAAUUGAAAAUGUUAUAUUGAAAUAAAAAUUGUUUAAACCAAUUCUCGUUUAAAGCAGAAUUCAGACAGCAGACAAAUUAUCUAUGCAACAGCUGAAGAAUUGUAUCAAGCAAACGAUUUUAUAAUGGCUGUUUGUUUUGGUUUCAUUGUAUUUAGUCAUCUUUCUAUUUUCACAGUAGUUGACAGCUUGUCAAUAUCAUGUGGUCUUUCGGCAAUAAAAUCAUUAAUGAAUACAGUU